AUGGCAACCAAAUCGCAACGCGACUAUGAAAAGGAAGUCCGCUCGUGGGGUUUUUCUCACGUCUUCACUUGGAGUGACAGCCCACAGGCCCAUUACAGUCCGCACUCUCACCGGGGUCUCACCACCCAUUUGAUCCUCAAAGGGCAGCUCACAAUUACAUAUCCAAAGGACAAAGAUUCGCAAAAGACAACCUACGGGGUGGGAGAUCGCAUCGACGUCGAUGCUGGGAAAAUCCAUGAAGUUUGGAUAGGGAACGAGGGGUGUACCUAUGUCAUUGGGGAGUGA